AGGUGUCACUCUUGUUCCGUCGUUUUGCGACUGUCAGUCUCGUGUCACAGCACGUGCGUGCAAUGAAAGUCGUGUGGUCAGCUGUACUCUUACGUCUCACUCCUCUCCCCACUAGCUAAGACAUGGACAACUUAUCUGCUUCGGGCGUCAGACUUCUGAUACCGGGCACAGAGCUGCGUGUGAGAUUUCUGAGCAGGAGGACCUAGCGCCUUUAUUUCAUGCUUUGUCUCUUUUUCUUCCAAACUGAAAGGGUUCGUAAAAAAUUGGGGUGAUUUUUUGUUGUCGUGGACAAGGAGACAAGUUUCUUUUGAAAAAUAGCGCCAGCACUAGAUUUGGAAGUCUGUGCCUCAGCAAAAACAAAGGCACUGUGGCUACAGCCUCGCAAAGGCUUGCUGAAGUUGAGUGGUCCUAUUCUGUGGAAGUACUAUCCGAGCUGCGAGUUCCGCCUCCUCAUACAUUACUCUGAAUUAAAACACCGAACCAACAUCGAAAAAAUGUCGCAAGCCUCCGGCUAUUACCACCCGCACACCCAGCAGCAGCAGGACGAAAACGCCCAGCGCCAGGCAGUGAUCGAAAAGAUCAUGGCGCUCCAGCAAAACCUUUCGGACGUGACGCUGAAGAUCGAUGCUGCGAGGCAGGAGAACUUGCAGCUGAAAGAGGAAAACGAUGUGCUGAAAGAUUACGUGCAGCAGCUGGUAUAGUUUAAACUCGGCCGGUUCAUUUUUUGCUCUGUUUUUUUUGUGCGCUUGAGAAACAUUUCGACAUGAUGAAAUACCAAACAACGAAAAAAAACAGGUUGCGUCUGUGGAGAGACCAUCGGGGAGUGCGGGUUAGUGGCUCGAUAUUUGCUUCUUGCACUUACUUUUGACGAUACCUUGCGGCUGACACUACAACUCAUCUCCGACGGGGCGACGGUUUUUUCUAGUCCCCUUUCGAAGAUACCGUGUACCAAAGCCAAAGCCGCGGGGUGCAGUUGGCGACGACUUCCUGAACGUCCAAGCGAGCUUUUUUGGUGGCGGAAGACUCGAAUUGCAGCAAUUUGGUCGUCGAGCCUCCCGCACUGCGACGCGCCGCGUCACUUGGCGGGCAGCGGGUGAUGAAGAUAUUUGACGAACACAGAAAGCAAAGGAAAUUGCGGGAGUACUUGCGAAUUGAUAGUCCCACCUUCUGCUGCCGUCACCAGAUAGCAGCAUCCAAUCCGUGUAAAGAAAAUGAUCUUGUACGAGGACCCCUUCGGCGAUGACAACCGCUUCCGCGUUCUCGAAGUGCUGGGCAGCGGUGCGGCCGAGCAAUGUCGAAGAUCAAGAUGACGGGCGGAAGUUGUAGAAAGAUUUGCACUGAAUCUGAAACUGAAUAACGAAGACUGCAUUCACGGGCAUUCGCCGCAGAGAAGACCCAUCUUCACACCAAUCGGCGUGUCGCAAUAGGGGAAACAUAGACGAGGGGUUUCUACUCGUAUGAGGUGAGGAUUGAUGACCCGGCUCCGGGUCGUGGACCGGAAAUUUUGAAUUCUUUGUCCAUUAAAUUUUGUUGAGUUGGAUAACAAUUACAUUCCGCAAUAGACAUAAUAUAACGAGAACGGAGCCAAGCGACUCCCUUUACUGUGUGCACGAAUUCACAUCGACUCCAGCAUCCUGGAUCGGAAUCGCAGUCGAACU